ACCUAUUUUCAGCUAUAAUUAACUACAGAAUGAAGUUUGCAGGUAGCAAACAAGAUGAUCGAUUGUAUAAACAGCACACCUCAUAAAACCGGAUGUGAACGCAUCACCACGUCUGUAAGACCGUACUGAGGGGCUUAAUAACACCACAUACAAUCGAGCCAUCCUGCCGCUGGCUGUCAACUGAUUUCAAAACAGCAACGUCACUUGGGAAAUUUGUUCUUAACAUUAACCUCUUUCGCAGAAGUACUUGAAAGUAUUGCCAAGAAGUUGUUUCGGUGGUUUACAACAACAACAACAUACUGUCAUUUGUAUCGGGACGAGAUGCCGAUGACGCCGCUGUGAAAUGAAAUGAAAGGGGAAGUGAAACUUAAGGCACCUGGUUUGGACACAAGCCGAGAAGCUCGGAGAUAACGCAGAAACAUCAUUAAAAAGUUGUUUAACUCUUAAAGCACCCUGCUCAGCAACAUGGCGUCAACAACCGACCUGUACUUCAUCGUAACAAGGAAACCUGAACACCAAGGACUCUUCAAUGCUGGCCACAUAUGCUACAUAUCUCAACACAAGCACAAAUCACUUGUGAAAAGGUAUUCCAAAAAGUUGCCCCUCUUCCUCACGGGCUCAUUUUCACUUUUAGAUCAUGAAAUAGAGUUGAGUUGCAUUGAACAGCUGAGUGCAGAGAAAGCCGAGCUGCUGCAGGGCCUGCCCGAGGAAGCAGACAGGCUGAAGUGGUUCGGAGAGAGAGAUGCUCUUCAAGCAGCACUAGGACUCACUGUGGGCACUGCGGUGACCGUGGAGGAAGGAGGAGAGAGGCUCAGAGGCGUCGUACGUUACAUCGGAAGACUUACAGCGACAUCGUAUUCCUCUCCUAUACCAGGCACGUUCUUUGGCAUUGAACUACAGGGAGAAGACAGGGGGAAGGGGAAUACCGAUGGGACCUUCCAGUAUAAAACCCUCUUUUCCUGUCAGAAAGAUUGUGGCAUUUUCGCCCCCUUCUCCAGAGUCCGGCCCGUGGUUCCCAGCUCCUUGUCGCCCUCCAACCCCGAGCUCUCUCAGACAGGCGAGCUAGCUCCAGGAGAUAGAGUCACUUACUUCAUCGGUGAUGAAUAUCGGCAUGGAAUGGUGUUGCAUGUGCAGGAAAAGGACGGAGAACCUAGUGUUCGGAUCUCCACGGACACUGAUGAGAAUGGAAAGCGAGGGGGCGAAGUUGAUGUUCCACUACUUGUGGUUGCAAAGGGGGAGGUGCCCGCAGAGCCAGAGAGCAUGGACGUUGAUACGACGCCCGUGGAAAAGUACAGCGGUGGUCUGAGCGUGAGUUCCAUGGUGGAGGUGGACUUGGCUAAGGGCACUUCAUAUGGGAUCAUCCGCUGGACCGGCACUCUGCCUGGUUGUCUGGAAACCAUGGCUGGCCUAGAGCUGGACGACGACUACGGAGUGAGUGACGGCACGUUCAAAAGUCUGCGUCUCUUUGAUUGUCCCCCAAAGAAAGCUCUGUUCGUGAAGCUUAGAACAUGUCGCCCUGACUCGCGAUUUGAAAGCGUGUCGGCCGAUUGCAGCGAGACGAUGCUGAAACCGGACAACGCAGAGAGAGAUGCAGAGCACAGUGCAGGGACGCCGGGCACUGUUCCUCCCGUCAGCACGGAGCAGGUCAGCCAGAUUCUGCUUGGACGGAUGAAGGGGAUCCAAGGGAACUACAACUCCUGCUACAUGGACGCUACCCUCUUCAGCUUGUUUUCCUGCUCCUCUGCGUUGGAUGCCAUGCUGUUUAAAUUAACAGAACCUCAAGAUGCCCCGAUUCAGAGCACACUGCUCCACGACAUUGUUAAUCCCCUCCGCAACAAGGGCUUUGUGGAAGGGCGGCACAUCAUGAAGCUCCGGCAGCAGAUACAGGAACACGGCUACAGUAAAUCCUUCACCACAGAUGAGAAGGAUCCGGAGGAGUUUCUUACUGUCAUCAUGCACCACAUACUUGCACUGGAUCCUCUACUCCAACUCUCAGCGGCUGGUAAAGUGCAGGAGAGUUACUGCUAUCAGAUCUUCUUAGAGCAGAACCACAGCCUGGUGCUGCCGACGGUCCAGCAGCUGCUGGAGCACUCCUUCCACACCGCAGGACUCAAGCUGGCAGAGGUGCCACCGUGCCUCAUCCUCCAGAUGCCUCGCUUUGGGAAGGAAUUCAAGAUGUUCGACAAGAUCAUUCCCUCUCUGGAGCUGGACAUCACCGACCUCCUCUCUGAAGGUCCUCAGCAGUGCAUGCUGUGUGGAGACUUGGCCCAGACCGAGUGCACCGACUGUUUUAAAGAUCCCAUAUUCAGCCAGACGGGAUUCAAAAUCUUCUGCAGGACGUGUUCAUCUCAGGUUCACUCUCAUCCUCAACGCCAGUCCCAUCAACCGGUUGCUCUGGACAUCCCCAAGGGUUACCUGAGUCGCAGCACGCCUCACACUCUCAUCAGAGACAAGCUGGAGCUGUUCGCUGUGCUCUGCAUCGAGACGAGCCACUACGUGUCCUUCAUCAAGUACGGACCCGACAGCCAAGACUGGAUCUUCUUUGACAGCAUGGCGGACAGAGAAGGAGAGAGAGACGGAUUCAACAUUCCAGAGGUUAAAGCCUGCCCCGAGGUCGGCAUGUACCUGGAAAUGUCUCCCGCGGAGCUGGCCAAUCAGGUGCCUCGAGACAUGAAAGGUGUGGCCAAACGCCUCUUUUGCGACGCCUACAUGUACCUGUAUCAGAGCACCAGCAUGUGUCUCUAUCGCUGAGGGGACACCGCCCCACAGCUUGUUCAUUGCACAAAAUGUAAAUUGGGAAUGAAAUAUAUUGGUGCCUUCGC